UUUGCGGCACUAAUCAUCCGGAAGUGAAAUCAUCAUUUUGAUUCAAAGCUAAAAGUAGGCGUUACGUUUUCUCAUAUUCAGGUGACCUAUUGGGCGUCGUGACGCGUUUAGGGGAGGUCGACUAUAGUCUUUGUCAAACCGAGCGUACAGAGGAUCUCCUGAAGUUCCAUAUACGACUAGGAAGUACCAGCGAGGAUGCCCCCCAUCGGUGCCCCUCCCCCCGUCAACCCUGCCAGUAAGGUGGAGUUGCGGGUGUCGUGUGCCAACCUGCUCGACAAGGACGCUCUCUCCAAGUCUGACCCCAUCUGUCGUCUCAAGAUGUUCCAAGGAGGGCACUGGUAUGAGACUGGCAGGACAGAACACAUCAUGAACACCUUGAACCCCACCUUUGCCAGACCCUUCACUGUGGACUACUACUUUGAGGAGGUUCAGAAGAUGAGGUUUGAGGUGUUUGACAUCGACAAUGCCACCGCUACCCUUGAUGAUGAUGACUUCCUCGGGUAUAUGGAAUGCACUUUAGGCCAGGUUGUGUCUAACAAGGUUUACACCCAACCCCUCCUCCUGAAGGAGGGCAAGAGAGCCGGCAAGGGCUCCGUCACUGUGACUGCGGAGGAACUGUCUGGAACCAGCGAACAUGUCCAUCUUACGUUUUUUGCACGCAAGUUGGACAACAAGGACUUCUUCAGCAAGUCAGACCCUUACCUGGAGAUCCACAGGUGUGACUACGCCUCCCAACAGAUGGUCUACAGGACAGAGGUUGUGAAAAACAACUUGAACCCCAAGUGGAAGCCAUUUAAAGUCAACAUGCAGACUCUCUGUGAUCGAGACUUUGACAAGAAACUGCUGUUCAAGUGCUAUGACUGGGACAGUGAUGGCAGCCAUGACUUUAUCGGACAGUUUGAGACAACGUACAGACAGAUGUCACAGGGAUUACCGGUGGAGUUUCCUUGUAUCAACCCUAAGAAGCAGGCCAAGAAGAAAAGUUACAAGAACUCUGGAGUCAUCACUCUGCAGUCCCUGAAAGUUGUGAAGGAAUAUUCAUUCCUGGACUAUGUCAUGUCAGGGUGUCAAAUCAACUUCACGGUUGGUGUAGAUUUCACUGCGUCCAAUGGUGACCCACGACAAACCACCUCCCUCCACUACAUCAACCCCUACGCACCUAACGAGUACAUGAAAGCACUGAUGGCAGUGGGGGAAGUUGUACAAGACUACGAUAGUGAUAAGUUGUUCCCUGCACUUGGAUUUGGGGCAAGAAUUCCACCCAAUUUCCAGGUGUCCCAUGAAUUUCCUCUCAACUUCAAUGCCCAGAAUCCUUUCUGUGCAGGUGUGCAGGGCAUAGUGGAGGCGUACCAGAAUGCCAUUCGUCAGGUGCAGUUGUACGGCCCCACCAACAUCGCCCCCAUCAUCAGACAUGUCGCCAAGUUUGCUCAUGCGGAACAGCAGCAGGGAGGGGGGGCAAAGAACUACUAUGUCCUGCUACUGCUGACAGACGGCGUGAUCACGGACAUGGCUGAAACCCGGGAGGCCAUUGUACGCGCGUCGCACCUCCCCAUGUCCAUCAUCAUCGUGGGGGUGGGGGAUGCUGACUUCACUGACAUGGAGGUGCUGGACGGGGAUGACGGACUGUUGAAGUCACCGCGGGGAGAGCCGGUCAAGAGGGACAUCGUCCAGUUUGUGCCAUUCAGGCAGUUCAAAAGUGCUGCGCCCGCUGCCCUGUCUCGCUGUGUGCUGGCCGAGUUACCGAGCCAAGUCUCCGGAUACUUCAACAGCCUAGGGAUCACCCCCCUCCCCACCCCCACAGCGCCUCCACCUGCCUACCCUGGUCCAUCCCAGUAACAUCAGCCAUGCUGUCAUGCAAAGUUUCUAAAAAUAUGAAUAGUAGAUUGUGGUGGUGUUACUUGCUUAGACUUAUACUAACCUAAAUGCAUGUACAUGUAUAAUCAUACUCAAAAGGUAUGUCUUGUCUUGAAUAUUUUAUUCUUUAUCAGCUGUGAUUAUUCUUUGUUUAUUAUGCAAAUCAAAAGGCUUAAAAACAGGAUAUUUAAUCACUUAAAACAGCCAACAAUGUUAAGAAAUUGUGACUUUUCCAAAGUUUUCUGUAAUGUCAUUUGGAUCUACCAACACAGAUUAACUUUCAUGCUAAAAUGCAAAUUGUACAGUUUAAAUAAAAAUCUUUUCCAGAAGGAACAUAAUUAUUUCAAUUGUAAAUGAUAUGUAAUGAUUGGCUUCUUUUAUCAGAUAAUACUAAUGAUGACUAUAAAUACUAUCAGGUAACUGAAAAUAUUACAGGUUUUAAACUGGGUGCUUUUUCCUCAGCCACCUUGUGUAGUCUAGAAUAUCAAGGGAUCGUGAUGAUGUCAUAGUGAUGCAGUGUUAUGCAAAAAGCAGGUGUUUAGCAAAACAUUGAUUUACAUAUUAACCAAUAAUUUCAUCUGAUCUAGUUUAAGUAUCAAUUUUUAAUCCAAUCCACUGACGUCCUGGUAGGCACCAACCAUCGAAUACUCUGGAUAUAAACAACAACAGCAAUCAUUCAUAUUGUGAAGACUUGUCUGGCUAUAUCUAUUGAAUGUCUUUCCAAAAAUUCGAUAUUUUUGAGAGUGUUUGUUAGUCAUGAAGUUUGAUAUUAUAAUAUAUUUAAGAUAGAUUUAAUGUUGAUAGUUUAACAAUAUUUCAACUCCAAAAUUUGUAUUGAACUUUCUUAUCCUUGUGAUACAUUUCUACAAGUUUGUAUUUGAAGAUUUUGAGAUCAAUCAUUCAAGACCUUUUCUUUACAAUCUUGGUAACAGUACGACAAGAUAUGACAAUACCUAGUAAAAUAAUAGUUUUGUCACUGAAAAAUGUAGUAGAUGAUAUUUACGUACAUGUACAUGUAUCAUACAGGUGAUAAAAGACCAUUUCAUAUGUGAAUCCUACAUGCAGUUAUUUAGCUAACAGUUAGAAGAUUUAUAAAGCACAAGUACACAUAGAUUUGACUACGGUCUGAAAUACUAUGUGCUGAUUUCAAGUUAAAGUAAAGUAAAUUGUAGCAUUGCAUUGUGCUUGGGGCUAAUGCAUAUUGGAGAUUCAAGUAUGGUGGAUUCAAGUACGAUUUACAUCUUUAUAAAUUAAGUCAGAUAAUGCUAACUUAACAUUAGAUUUCAGGUAGAGUAAUGAGCAUGUAUAUUGCUGUAGCUACUUCACAUUGGAUAGUGUUGUCUCCAAGCAGAAGUAUAUUUUGGAAUGUCACUGUUAGGCCAUGUUGAUUUGAUUAUAUGGAUGACAUAUGACUUUGAAAAUCCCACAACUGAUGUGAGCAUGCCAAUAAAAAAAAGAUUGGCAAUAAAAAUUUGCCUUCAUUAUGAAAUCUACGUGGUCUGGAAGGUCAAACAAAUGACAAACCUUGAAUAUUGAACAAUAGAUUCUUUUCAUUUUUGUUUUUACACUUUUCUUCUUUGACCUUGCAAUUCACAUCGACAUAAUUAAUUUGAUAUGUGUUUUCUGAUGUAUAUUUUUGUCUACGGCAUAUAGUUGGUUCAUUUGCAACUGCCUUCUACAAUUCAAAGCAUGGUUGAAAACUUUUUUUUUCCAAAAAUUGAUGCUUGCACGUAUGUCAUCCAUAUAAUGAAAUCAGCAUGGCCUUACCAGUGUUGUUUAGCCCUUGCUACAGACAUUGUGGUAAAAAGGGCUGCAGCACUGAUGGUAGAGGACAAGAUACUCCUUACUACCGCUUCAAGUUUUAAGCAAAAUGGCACAGCAGCAAAGAUAAUUUGCAAUACAAAUGUACAUUUUGCCAAAUAUUUUCCCUCGUAUAUGGAGAGAUUUUAUACUUCCCAUUCCCAAUGGGAACUACAACAACAAUUGAGGUUUGCCAAAAUGAUCGGAUAAUAAUGCUGUGGUUGGAUAGACUGGGAAUCUGUAGUUUCAACAAAAUGCCAUGAAAAAGGUGUCAUUUCCAUUGUAAGAUGUGUUUAUUCAGAUAACUUCCAUUGUCUUCUAUUGUGGCAUGAAAUAAAACCAUGCUUUUUUUG